AUGUCUGACUGGGACUCCACCACCGUCAUCGGAUCCAGGGCCAGAGCCGGCGGCAGCGGCCCAAGAGCGCAGGUCGCACGCACCCAGGGUCAGAUCAACGCCGCCCGCAGAUCGGGCAACGUGCUCUCCGUCGACAAGAAGUACAGCUCGUCCAACGCCAAGGGCGACCCCGAGGGCCAGAGGCUCACCAAGAUCGACCGUGAGACCGACAUCGUCGUGCCCAAGAAGCUCGACCUGUCCGUCGGCAAGGCCAUCUCGCGCGCGCGUGGCGAGAAGAAGCUGACGCAGAAGGACCUCGCCACCAAGGUCAACGAAAAGCCCACCGUGAUCAACGACUACGAGGCCGGCCGCGCCAUCCCCAACCAGCAGAUUCUGGCCAAGCUCGAGCGCGCGCUCGGCGUCAAGCUGCGUGGUAAGAACAUCGGCGAGCCGCUCGGCCCCAAGAAGAAGGCUUGA